AGCAUCAGGAAAGAAAUACACCAUUACACACCUUCUGCUGCCUGCCUGCCUACCUACCUCUUUCAAAUACAUAUAUAUAUAGAGAGAGAGAGAGAGAGAGAUGAGCGCGAAAGAGGUCGACGGCGGUGGCGGUGACUGGUCGAUGAAGGAUAUUGUUGCCGUUGAUGGUGGUUAUGAGGCGGCGGCUACGACGACGACGCCAGCAAACGAUGCAGAGAGAACGAGAGAUAUGCAGUUGCAGUUAUCGAUAGCCAAAUCGUCUUCGGUGUUUCCAGGCUUCCGAUUUUCACCUACCGACAAUGAAUUGAUUUCCUAUUACUUAAAGAAGAAGCUCCAAGGAUCUGAUAAUUGCGUUGAUAUCAUUCCGGAGGUCGAUUUCUGCCGUCACGAGCCAUGGGAUUUACCAGCUCUUUCCAUUGUUCGAUCGGAUAACGAGUGGUUCUUCUUUUCGGCCCGAGGAAAGAAGUAUCCAAAUGGCUCCCAAAGUAAAAGGGCUACCCAAUCUGGAUAUUGGAAAGCCACUGGCAAAGAACGCAACGUAAAAUCAGGUGCUGUUACAAUUGGCACAAAGAGGACACUGGUUUUCCACACGGGCCGUGCCCCCAAAGGGGAAAGGACGGAAUGGAUCAUGCAUGAAUAUUGUAUGACCGACACCACACAGGAAUCUCUGGUUGUUUGCCGGCUUCGUAGGAACAGCGAUUUCCGCCUGAAUGAAUCAUCAAGAGGUUCUUCUGAUCAAAGGAAUUUGUCAGCUGCAGAUAAUGGCAACUCUGGUACAAAUGAGUAUGCCAAUACUCAAAUAGAAUGGUUUGAUGAGGCGAACGCUGUAAAAACCUGUUCAAAGGAAUCUACGAGCAGCUACAGGUCCCAUUCAUUCGAACAGAAUGAUUCCGGAUCCGAGUCUGAGCGGCAACUCAUUCACGAGUCCCCAAAUGGUUCUUCAAGUCAGCUUAAGGAAUGUGACAAUGAGGAUGAUUGGUUUGCGGAUAUAAUCAACGAUGACAUAAUUAAACUUGAUGAAUCAGCCUCAAACUCUUUCACAUUCCACGGUGUCCUCUCAGGGAACCUGCCAUUGCUCGUCCACGAUCCCACAAAAUGCAACCAACAAGAAACCAUCUCGGCCCAUGAACAGGGAACAGCAUUCAGAAGAAUCAGACUGAGACAACAAAAGGGUCAAACACAAGACGUAAACCCAGAUGGUGACCAAGACCAGAAAUCAUCAGGAUGCGUGAUUAGCGUGCUGGCCGGCGCCACCAAUAAUGUUGCCAGGUUCCGUUCUGCACUGGUUUUUUUGUGUUUGCUGAUGCUGUUUGUGUUUUGGCAACGGGAUCACUUGCCAUCAUAUUCCAAGCAACAUCUGGGUAUCAAUCUGAAGCGGCAACUAAGGUAUUGGCUUCAUAAGGCGGCCGAGUAUAUAUAAAGAACAGGUUUGUGUGUUUACGAUAACUUUUCCCUACUUGUUUGUAUAAUCUUACAGACUAUUCCCCAUAAACAAUCUAAUGGUUUCUUGGCUAUGAUCGUUUUACGCGUUGUUACCUAUGGGAUUUAGAUAAAUGAAAACGUUCAAGUCAGGUAUAUCCCAGCAAGAUAUGGGGUUUAGAGGGUUCUCCUUUGGGAUUGACCGGUUGUUUCUGUGAAAACAAUCGACUUGUGAAAAGCCUCCUGUUAUUAUAUAGAUCGGCUUGUGAAAAGCCUCCUGUUAUUAUAUAGGAUAUUCGUAAAACAAGAAACUACUAUGAUCCUUGUGAUACUAUGGUGGAUCAAAAAAUGAGAAUGUAAAGAUUUGCAUCUUCCGAAUAUGUAACCGUAAAACAUGAUUUAACAUGCUCGGAAUAUCAUAUACUUACAUGUGUACGUACCCGGUCUUGAAAAUCACAUGAUACUCGCAACUAAAACAAAUUCCAAAAGUUCAAUUAAGGGAAAAUUACCAUUUCACCUAUGUGAUAGUGUACCAUGUUCAAGGAGUAGACAAGCAUGUAAAAUUACGUGCCCAUGUAUCAACCAAAGGUAGAAAUGGUAACUUUCUCGUAUUGAACUUUUGGAAUUUGUUUUGGUUGCGAGUAUCAUGUGAUUUUCAAAAUGGAUGUAAAUAUAUGAUAUUUUCGAGAAUGUUUUGAGGUCAUGUUUUACGGUUACAUAUAAAACAAUCUUUCCAGUGUAGGGUUGUGUUUCGGUGAGAAUGAAAGUUAUGAUGAGGAGGGUAAGAAGGGAUCUCCACUUUGAAUCAAUUCUAAUUGAAGAGAAUCACUAGAUCAUCACAAAUGAGAUAUACUUGAUCAGUUUCAUUCUAAAGCCUUUAUGGGUUGUUUUGGAAUUAAAAAAGUGAUCAAGGGUUUAAAUUCUUUCUUUUAUUUCACAUCAUAACUCAUAUUCUCGCGAACUUUCAUCUUCUAGUCUCUGGGUAGAGAACGUGAAUUAAUAUAUGUAUCAUCAAAUGGGUUUUUUUGGUUUACCAAAUUGUUCACAUAUGAAUCAUUUAUUUUUACCACUUUUUAGCAUUUUUGUCUUUCUUAUUUGAAGUUAUUCCAUCUCCAAACCUUAUAUUAGGGAAUUAUU